AACUGCAAUUGACCUCAUCGUUGUUGUCCCGUUCCUGGUGCCAGCUGCUGCUGCGCUACUCCCCACUGCACAAUUCAAGAACACGGAGAGAAAGGUUGAAACUUUGAAAGCAGCGGCAGCAGCAGCAGAAGAAGAGAGGAGACAAAUAAAUUGGAUAGAGGCCAUAAAAGGGAUCUUUUAAUGCCAAGAAAGCGCAUUUCUUUGCGUUUUUAGGGGGAUAUUGCGUGUGACUGGGAGAGCAUUGGUGAUUUGGUGUGUGGGGGAAAAGAUGGGAAGAAGGGGGCGAGGUGGCGGAAUGGCGGAUGCGCCAUGGCUGCCUCUUCUGCUGCUCCUGGGCUGCUUCUGCAGCAUUUGGCCCCAGAGGCAAAUCUUGGUUGCUGCAGACACCGACCCUAAUGAUGUUACUGUCCUCAAUACACUCUUCACUAGCCUGAAUUCUCCGGGCCAGCUCAAAGGUUGGCAGGCAAGUGGUGGAGACCCUUGUGGGCAAUCAUGGCAGGGUAUCACGUGCUCAGGAUCAUCAGUUACUGCAAUCAAAUUAUCAAGCUUGGGGCUCUCAGGGAAUUUGGCCUACAAUAUGAAUACCAUGGGUUCAUUGAUUGAGAUUGAUAUGAGCCAAAACAACCUUGGUGGUGGCCAACAGAUACAGUACAAUCUUCCCACUUCUAAGCUUGAGAGGCUCAAUCUCGCAGGAAACCAGUUCACUGGAAAUUUGCCCUAUUCAAUUUUCUCUAUGAAUAAUCUAAAGUAUCUAAAUCUUAAUCAUAACCAAUUACAAGGAAAUAUAACUGAUGUAUUUUCCAGCCUUUAUAGCUUGACAACACUGGAUCUUUCCUUCAAUUCUCUUACCGGUGACCUACCGCAAGGAUUCACUUCAUUAUCAAGCCUGAAAAAAUUAUAUUUGCAGAACAAUCAAUUUACUGGUUAUAUCAAUGUCCUUGCUAAUCUCCCCCUUGAUGAUCUGAAUGUUGCAAACAAUCGUUUCACUGGCUGGAUUCCUAGUCAGCUUAAGAAGAUAAACAGUCUACAAACUGAUGGAAAUUCUUGGAGUACUGGGCCAGCACCACCACCACCGCCAUAUACAGCUCCCCCUCCACCAAACCGGCCAAACAGCCCAGGUCAAAACAAUGGUGAUUCAAGUUCUGGUGGAAGCUCUGGGAUAGGUGGUGGAGGCGUAGCAGGCAUUGUCAUAUCACUGCUGGUAGUUGGAGCAGUCGUUGCAUUCUUUGUGAUAAGAAGAAGAAAACGCAAAGCGGCAAUGGAAGAACAUUUUGAACAGCACCAGCCAUUCACUUCAUUCCCUUCAAACGAAGUUAAAGAUGUUGCAGACAUGAAGCCUAUUGAAGAGUCUGCCACAAUAGAUAUAGAGUCUUUGCCUUCCCCUGCCUCAAUUAGUUUGAAGCCACCCCCCAAGAUUGAACGCCACAAGUCAUUCGAUGACGAUGAUUUAUCAAACAAGCCUGUCAUGAAGAAAACCAAUGUGCCACCUAUAAAGGCAGAUGUUUAUUCAGUUGCAGAUCUGCAGAUGGCAACAGAUAGCUUUAACAUGGACAACCUUGUUGGAGAGGGUACUUUUGGACGUGUUUAUAGGGCCCAGUUCACUGAUGGAAAGGUUCUUGCUGUGAAGAAACUAGAUAGUACCGUGAUGCCAUUCCAUUCAUCUGAUGAUUUUGCUGAACUAGCCUCAGACAUUUCAAAACUGCACCACCCGAAUCUCAAUGAGCUUGUGGGCUAUUGCAUGGAACAUGGGCAACACUUGCUUGUUUAUGAUUUCCACAGGAAUGGAUCGCUCCAUGAUCUACUCCAUCUUUCAGACGAAUACAGCAAGCCACUUAGUUGGAACUCUCGUGUCAAGAUCGCACUAGGCUCUGCCCGUGCACUGGAAUAUCUUCAUGAAAUAUGUUGUCCAUCCAUCAUCCAUAAGAAUUUCAAGUCAUCCAACAUUCUACUGGAUUCAGAAUUCAAUCCACACCUUUCAGAUGCUGGUCUUGCAAGCUUUAUUUCUGAUGCAGAAUUCCAGGCAGCGCAACAGAGUGCUGGUUGCACUGCCCCAGAGGUGGAUAUGACUGGUCAAUAUACACUCAAGAGCGAUGUCUACAGCUUUGGAGUAGUCAUGCUAGAGCUUUUGACGGGACGCAGACCAUUCGAUAGCACUAAACCUAGGCCAGAGCAGUCGCUCGUGCGGUGGGCGACUCCCCAGCUGCAUGACAUCGAUGCGUUGGACAGGAUGGUCGAUCCUGCACUGAAGGGUCUGUACCCUGCCAAGUCUCUGUCACGGUUUGCCGACGUGCUCGCGUUGUGUGUCCAGCCUGAACCAGAAUUCAGGCCACCAAUGUCAGAGGUGGUGCAAGCAUUGGUUCGGCUUGUCCAGAGGGCCAACAUGACGAAGAGAAUGCUCGAUGGAGAUUCUUCGCGCCGAGCAGACGACCAAGACCAAGAUUUCAUAUGAUAUGACAAAAAACAAAAACCCUAGCUUUCCUGCUACAUCUCAAUUCUCAAAUUGUAUUUAUUUUGUUCGCCUAGCGCCUAAUGGAGAGAGGCAUGGGAGAAGAAAAAUAGGAACAGAAUUGGUUUCACCAGUACAUAUUCACAGUUCACAGGUGUUGCUUGUUAUAAAAUGUAGGACCAGUUUGUGUGAUUGUGUCAUCUCUACAGAUCAGCAUGCUGAUUCUCCAUUAAUGCCGUCCCGCAAGAUCAUUUGGUUAUUAUCAUC